AUGGCUCCUGGUUUGGUCUCCCCCCAGAUGCCCUCGGCGGCACCUUACUCCGUGUCCAAGACCAGCAGUAGCCACACUGCGCACCACAACCACCACUACGAUGGGGAAAUCUCGACCGAGACGGUCGAGAGCCGUCAGCGCUACCUCGGUCUGCGCAAGAUGGGCUCCCGCAGCAGCUCCAUGGCAAACGCCUCGAGCAUCUCCAACGUCGUGUACUCGAUCAAGCGACGCAGCUCCGAGGAGCUCGGUUCCAACAUCUCGGCCCAGCUGCUGAGCGCCACCCACGAGUCGGUCCUCGACUGGAUCAGCGCUCAGCGCAUGAAUGACCUCCCUCUCGAGGGGAGCAGCUACGACAAGGUGCUCGCGUGGGCGCAGCUCUUUGUCGACAGGCUGCACUCGUUUGACCAUGCCGUUCAGGAGUUUGCUGGGGAUAGCUAUCUUGCUGCUCAGCUUGCUUAUGGUUAUUGCUCUCUUCUGCUCGAGCUUGGGAAAGAGAAUGCCGGCGCACUCAUGGUCUCGUUUGGAUUCUUCUAUUCCAUGUCGAUGCCCCUGGUCAACCUCCUCGAGUGCACUGAGCUCUUCAGUGUCUCGCAGGAGACCAGCGAGCAGCUCGUCAUGGCCUUGUCGGACCUCGUGACGGUGGUUGCCAGCGUCGCGACCUACUUCCACAAGGCCAUCCGUGGGCUGACCAACACUUCGGUGUCGGUCAACAUCUACUCGACGUUCGCACCCCAGAUCAAGACUUUCCUUGAACGUUGUGAGAAGACUUCCGAGUCCAUGUGGAAACAUGAGCUCCAGAGAGAAAAUGCUGAUAUUAGAAAGGUUGCCAAGCUCAAGGCCGUCAGCCAAUGGAUCGCACCAGAGGACCACGUCAUGUCCAGCGUCUUCACUUCGACCUCGCAUCUGGCUCAUGACCGAGAGGAGCUGACCUGCCUCUACAUCGGCACCCACCUGACCCGGUUCCUCAAGAGCUCCCAGAAGACCAUGGUCCUGAGUGGAUCCCAGGGUUCUGGCAAGACCAUCCUCGCGUCCGUGAUUCUCGACUACCUGCAACACCCUAUUGGCGGCAUCACAUACAACACUCUGUUCGUCCCUAUUGAUGCCCGGAUUCCAGCCGAGACGACUAGUCGUGCCGUGGCCAAGUCGUUGCUCCACCAACUCUUCCAGAAGCGUACAGGAAACGUCAAGCUUCUCAACAUCCUGAUUGAGACAUAUGAGCGCUCCAUCCGCUUUGCUUCCGACGAGGACCAUGAUGAUAUCCUCUGGAAAGCCGUCGAGCGGGCCAUUGGUGCUACCACCUUGGGAAGCAAAGACCUUGUCAUGAUCAUCGAUGGCCUUGAUGAGUGUUCCUCGGGGGAAGAUGCUCUGUACCGCCGGCUCCAGGCUGUCGUGACUGCCAAGGGCGCCAGCUCUGUUAAGCUCAUCGCUCUCGGUGCCAAGCCUCAACAGGGAGUUCAGAACCUCGAGAUCAACGAAGAUUUGAUCUUUGACGACAUCACUGCGGUUGUACGCGACUUCUUUGAGGACUACGAUGUGUUCCUUUCCAUGGACGAGAUGGAACGUGAGACUCUGAUAGCUCGCAUCGCCAUCCUAUCCAAGGGCUCUUUUGUCUGGGCCAAGCAGGCGAGCAAGCAGAUACGCCAUCACAGCAGUUCCAAGAACCUGUUUGAGGCCCUGGAGAAGAUUGAAAAGUGCACCGUGGGCGACUUUGUGCACAGGACGCUCACGUCACCCGAGAUGACCGAGCAGACCAGGAUCAUGUUGGCGUGGCUGGUGACUGCCGAGCGACCCCUGACCAUCAAGGAGCUCGCGGCCCUGGCGACCAUCAAUCUCGACAAGCAGACCAUCAACCACGACAUCAAGAUUGACGUCAUGCAAACGCUCAAGCCGGUAAACUCGCUCGUGUACAUGCAGGACGGACUCAUGUACCUGCGACAUGGCAUUGUCCGCAAGGCCGUCACCAGCUGGCUUAACGCGCACAAGGGAUUCAUCAGCGACCGGCACGGCGACCUGGCCACCAGGCUGCUCGUCUACAUCAACUCGACCGUCACAAAUCAGCACGAGUGCACUCUCAUGCCGCUCCUCAGCCACGAGGUCCAUCAGCUCACCAGCCGUCACACUCUGCUCGACUUUGCCAUCCGCUACUGGCCGUUGCACCUGCGCAAGAGCUUCGCCUACAUCAAGCCCGACAUUGGCGAUUCCGAGGCCGCCAAGCUGGUGGCCAAGGUGGUACCCAAGAAUUUGACCGUGGUCCUGCUGCAGGCCGCCAUGUGGCAGCACCGGCCGACGCCGACGCUGUUGACGUGCCACACCAUGAUGACAAACAUUGCGCGCCGGACUUUGACAACCAGCAGUCCCGUGACGCUGCAGUCCAUCAUCUUCUUGGCCAACAUCUACCGCCAGAUCGACUUUACCCCUGAGGCUACCACGCUGUUUUAUGAGGCCUCGACUAUAGCAAACACGCUGCUGACCAGCAAGAACAAGAUCACCAUGCAGAUCUGCCGCUCCUUUGUUGAGAUAACCACAGGCCGCACGACGACGUCCAAGAACGACAUCAUCAUGACCCACCGCGAACACGUCCUCCAGAUCCUAGUCGAGUGCUACAAGGCUCAGUACGGACACAUGUCUGAGUACGUCGUCAACACGCUCAAGCUACUCGUCGAGCACUACCGCAUGACCAAGGAAGAGACCAAGAUCGAGCAGACCAUCACCAAGAUCCGGACCAUCAGCGGCACGACCGAGUUUGGCGCCAGCACCAGCACCACCGCCACCGAUGAGGACUCCCGACCCGAGGGUGACCUUCACGUACAUCUGCGCGGUCGCAGGGGCUCACAGCAAAGCGACCAGGUGGUGGUGCUCACGCUCGACAUUGACGAGCACGACGAGUUGAUCGAAGGCCAUGCCAAGUACGACUUUGAGUUCUUCCUGGUUAAGGCGGAGCGCUACCUCGCCGAGGGCCGGGUCGAACUGGCCGAGAAGACUUACAUUGAGAUCUGGCAGCGUGUCACCCGCGAGUACGCCACCACGCGCUCUGCGCUGUGGGAGGAGCGCAAGAUGAAGAGCGUCAUCUGCUACGCGAGGUUCCUGACGCAGCAGGGCCGCACCUCGGACGCCAGCAGCAUCUUGUCCACCACCUGGGAGGAAUACAAGUCGUCACAGGCGAGCGUCUCCAUCACCGAGACGACUUGCAGCAUGUACAUGGAGAUGGCGUCCAUGAUGAAGCGCGUCGGCCUCGUGUCGGAGAGCUUGACGCUGAUGAAGCACUGCUCAAACUUCUACCGCGGCACCAACAGCACCGAGACUUCGACGUACCAUGAACUGCAGCAGACCAUCCACAGCACCUCGCAAGAGCUUGUGCAGUCCAUGAGCAGCAACUCGGGCAGCACCACGACCACCGUCUCCGAGUCCAUGCUGGAGGAAAUGGUGCUGGAGCAGAGCAGCUCUACCAACACGGUCGAGGAGAGCACCUUUACGGCGUCGAGCAGCCUUGUGCGCCUGUACAUGAAACAGCACCGCCUGCAGGACGCCACUCGUCUGCUCAAGAAGAUCCUCCGUGGCGUCUGGCCAUCGCUGUUCACGCCAAACGUCGAGGACGUCGUGGCCCCACAGAAACUGGUCGAGCAGUGCGUCGACCUGGCCGAGCGUCUGGCCGAAUGCUACCACGCCCGUCGCCGGCGCGCCAAGGAAGAGGACAUGCGUGUGCGCGUCUACCGCGCGAUGCGGACCUGCCGCAAGGUCGACGAUGAGCUGCGCGAGCGUGUCGCGGCUGAACUGGUCCAGUUGCUUCGGCGGACGGACCAAUCGGAGCUGGUCAUCACCACGCGCCAGGAGAUGCUGGAUGAUUACGUCAACCACUACGGCGACAAACACCCAAAGGUGGUUGAGAUGUUGUGGGAGCUUGCCGAAUUGACGCGCCCGCGACCCAUCUUUGUCGAAUACUACCAGCGAAUCAUCAAGGCUCUCCAUCCUCACGAUGCUGACGAGAUCCAGCCCGAGGCCUUUGAGCCCUUCAACAUUGUGGCCACCGAGCUUUGGAGCAAGGGUCGAUUCCCUGAGGCCGUCAACUACUACAAGGUGGUUUUUACCUGCUUCCUUCGCCAGCCCAAGCUCAGCCCCAAGCUGAACGACCCAGAGUUUGUCAAGACUCUGUUCCAGAGGUACGUUCACUGCCUUCGCAGCGUCCGCAGUGACUUUACCAUCAUCCACAAGGUGUCGGUCGACUAUCGGACGCAGUGCAAGAGUGUGUUUGGCUCCACCUCCUCCAUCACCAUCCAGGCCACCCUUUACCUGGCCAAGGUGUGCCAGGAGUUCAAGCGGUACGAAGUCGAUGCCAUUGUGCUCUACGAGGAGCUGCUCAAGAUCCAUUCCGAAGAAGUCGACCACUCCGAGAUCUGCUCCAUCCUCGACUCCAUCUACGAGGCGCAGGCCGACCUCAUCACCACCACCACCAACGCCACCACCAACACGGCCGUGUCGUCCGAGCAGGUCCAGCGCGUCAUCAAGGUGUUCAAGAAGCGCGUCACCACCAUCCGGGAGACGCACGGCUGGGCCCACGAGGAGUCGCUGUCCAAGAUGAGCGAGAUGGUGCGCUUCUACAACAACCAGCAGACGUCUUCGUCCUCCACUCUCACGCACGAGGAGAUCACCCGCAACACCGAGACGGUUCUGUCCGAACUCAAGGAGGCCACCGUGCACAUCCUCUCUCACGAGACGUUCCCUACUCGCCUCAUCGCUGCUGCAUCGACCAUCGCCUCGAGCUACAUCCAGUCAAACCAGACCCACAAGGCGACCGAGAUCAAGCAGGAGUUGUACCGCCAGGUCAUCAUGAAGGACAAGACCAAUGUUUCGAGCUGCGGAUUUGAUCUUAGCGACCGCGGACGCGAGAGCCUAGUAUUCCUUGCCGAGUUUGAACACUCGCUCCACCCGCGCCAUCACUCCUUCACCGCGACCGACAUCCUCGCUGAGCUGACCACCCAGUAUAUGUACUUUGAGGAGUUCCGCAGUCUGCUCCAGUCCACCAGCUCCCUGGGUACAAUCAUCGCUUCUGCCUCACGUCUCCACAAUUUCCUGGCUUCGUAUGAGCGGUUCGAUGGUUCCAAGCGUGUCUUUAAUGAACUCACCUCUUACUUUAUGAGUCACGAAGGCAAGCGCUUCAAACUGGAGAAGGCGCAGGUCCAUGUACUUUUACACAAUCUGCUCUACUAUUUUGGCACUUUUACCUCGCAAAACUUCCUCCGAUCCGUCGGCAUCAGUGGAAUCUGCGGCGUGGAGAAGCUGCUCAAGGAGCAAAAGUACGACGAGGCGGCGGACCUGGCCACCGCCACCUGGACCUACAUUUCCGCUGACGACAGCUACAAGACGGACCCUGGCAUGGCGAAGUUGGUCCUGAUCCUGGGGUUGACCCUGGCUGAUGGCAGUGGUCGCAAGUACCUCGACGUUGCUGCUUCGCAGGCCCUUCCAGGCCAUACCCACCACACCUUUGCGCUGCAGCAGAGCUUCUCUACAGCCAAGGACAGCUCAUCUCAGCCGACCACGCGGCCUUUGGCGGCGCCAACCGCGGCCGUCCUCGCCAAGCCCAAGCCGCACGACCACUCCAAGCUCCUGGCCGCGUCGGCCCCGAUCACCAGACAGGUGCUGCACGUGCUCUCGUCGAUGCGCAUCUCGCUCUCGCACAUCUCGCUGGUCCACCUCAACAACCUCAUCUCGGUGCUCGGCGCGCAGCACGACCACGAAACCCUCUCGUGGCUGCUCACCAUCCUGUGGGAGUCGCGCGAGGCCCAGGGCGGGUCGUGGCCCGUCGGCGUCACCCUGGCCCUGGGCCGGCGGUACAUCGUCGCGCGGUACCUGGUCGGCGACGCCACCGCCGCCGUGCGUCUGGCCGAGGACAUAGUCUACAACUGCCGGCGCGUGCACGGCGCCAAGCACCCGCGGACGCUGGGCAUGUCGGUCUUCCUGACCAAGCUGUACACUGGCAUCGCGCAAAAGUACCACAAGGUGGCGGCGGCCGCCGCCGCAGCCGGGGCCAAGAGCAGCAGCAGCAGCAGUAGCGGUAGCAACGGUGGCGGCGUGCUGAGCGGUGGGCAGGACGUCGCGGCGCGUUACUACAAGAAGUCGGCGGCCGUGCACGAAAACAUCCUCCGCGCGUUCAGCGACCCGACCUUUGCGGACAUGGAGGGCGGGUUGGACGGCAGCAUGUGCCUGGACGACGCACCGUCGAGCCACGGCGGCAUCAACGGCGGCGGUGGCGGCAGCAGCAACAGCGUCGACGGCCUCGGCGACGUCGAGAGCAUGGACGGCAGCAGCAUGCAGCUCGCGUCCGACGGAGACCGGGUCAAGAUGCACCUGCGGUUCUUGAAGCUGGCGGUGCAGAGGCUCGGCGCCUGGCCCAAGGACUACAAGGAGUACGAGCGGUUGAACGCCGACGUCUUCCGCGAGUUUGGCGAUUAUCUGCACGGCGUCGAGGGCGUGGAGAGGUGGAACUUGAAUGGGUUUGGUGGCGGCAAGGCCGAGAGCUCUGAGGAUAUGCUCAACAUUGAGGAGUUCAAGCACUGGGAGCUCAUUAGUGGGAGUGGUAUCAUGAUGCAGGAGGAGGAGGAGGAAGAGUUGUGA